CUAAUUUUAAGCCACGCCCUCAUUAAUUCUUGACAACGCCUACAUAAAGAUGGCGGCUCGAUUUUUGUCGUCUUUUUCCAGGCAGCUCCCAGUUCUGACCUUUUUCACGAAGCAGGGAGGUUGCUCAUUAUGUGAGGAAGCAAGAACAAUUCUUGAUAAAUACAAGGAUCAGUUUGUAUAUGAAGAAGUUUGCAUUGACACAAGUGAAGGAGCCAAGUGGUACGAAGCGUAUAAACAUGAUAUACCAGUGCUUCACAUUAAUGGCCGUUAUCUGAUGAAGCACAGGAUAAACGAAGAUAAAUUACUAGAAGCUUUGUCAUCAAAAUAGCGAAUCAGGUACUUGUGAUAUUGUAAUAAUAAUUGCUAUUGUAAUUAUAUUUUAAACAAUAAAUUCACUGCCUUUUAUAUGCUAUUACAACCUAUCUUCACAUACUCCUUUUUUAAAUUAAAAUCUUGAAUAUUUUGAUUUAUUAAUUUGCACUAUUUUAAUGACAAACUAUGUAAUACUCUCAUAGCUGUGUUUCUCAUGAUUUCAAUUUUUUAAUAGCAAUCAUUAUAAUCCAGUACCAUUAUUUGUACUAACUAUGCAUCCGUUAUCUCGUAAAUUGUGAACUGAAAUGGAAUUAAAGUUUUACUAUUGGAAAGAAGGGGAAUUAUUCGUGU